AUGUCGAGUGCUGUGUACCGUUCUGGACUGCUACAGUACUUUAGUUCACCAUUGAUUGACUUGGGAUAUACAAUUCAAGCUGGUGCAAGAGCAUCCAGAACAGCAAGCAUGAUGAAUCCGACACGUCUCACGCAACUCGCCCUACUCGCCCUCGCCCUCCUAGGCUUCAAAAGCCUAAUGCUCUUCUCAAUGCAAAACGGCCUGGUGAACUUCUUUGAGCAGGUGCAGGAGACCAGCAUGUCCUCCGCUGCUGCUGCUGCUGCUGCUGCUGCUGCUGCUGCUGCUGCUGCGUCAGGCGAAGAGAAGAAUCAUGGCGAACCGCUUUCUCCGCUGCUCCCCGGCUGGCAUCCCACCAUGGACUGGCAACUCAAGGCGCAUGGUAGUCGUUCCUCUGGUCGUUUGUCGACGGCCAUCGCCCCGAUCUGGCGCUUGUUCUGCUCGAAUUCGUAG